AUGUCUUCGUUCACGAUACGCUGGCACCGUCAACGUGGCAAACACGAGGCCGUUACGUCGUGUUCCCGUACGCUCAGCCUCGUGAACGUCGUGAUUAUCGAUUUCUGUGGUUUGCGGGGAUUGACGGUUGAAGAAGCGCACCACUUCCGCACUAUCCAUGACUCUGGCCUGAUUAUCGUACUUGGGGCGGGCAGCAUCGCGGAAAGCGGCACGCAGGAGCGAGUUGUCGACCGAGUGGGCUUGUACUCUAAGCGGAGCGCGCACGAGACGUUGUUCACGAGCGAAGACGAGAAGAUGCAGAAGCCGGAAUUCAGCAAAUAUGAAACAGAUGAUUCCGCAGACUCCAACGCGUCUGACACCUCGAGUGCUCCAAGCCGGGCCUCUUGA